CGCGUUUAAACCGUGCCGACCGCAACUGUUAUUGUGUUUAACCGUCUAGUUUAGGUUUCCAGAUUAUCUGAAUUCCAGACUUGUGUUGCUCUCACUUGUUUUCUUAAAUUGUUAAAUGUCAGCGCAUACUGUUUACUUGCUUUUGUUUACUUAUCGGUUACUUACUUUUUUUCGUUAACGUUAUGCAGUACUGCACAUCACCAUGCAACAUUCAAUAUAUUGUUCCAAUGUAGAAGCAAAAUUAUCAAGCACCUAAAGUUACGACGAAAUAUAAGAGGGAUCUACGGCCGUUCAUGCAGAGACCUUUAAAGAAAGUCAAUUUUUGCUUCAUUAUGCUUGAACGUCGCUCAAACUAAUUUUAGAACUGAAAUAUUUUGAUUAAUAACAACCACUAAAUACACAACUGUUUACUGCCUCAACCUGAGAGGUUCCAUUGACCAAAGUUGCAUAUCUUCCUCUUGCUUAGUGACUACAGGUCUGUAGUGAAUCUCGAAUAUAAGAAAAGUGGAUGGCCUGCGAGUGGUCUUUACGACAUGUGGCAUAUGGAGCAUCGUGGAUCAGCUGGUAUAGCAAUCCAGAUCUGUGAUAAUCUUACGAAUUAUUUCAGUGUGCUAGUAAAAAGUUCUAUAUGAGACGUGCAGCAGUUGACUCUCGGGAUGGGCAAAAUGAGUGAUUGCUAUCUCUGAUUUCUGUGAAAAUAUGGCAGCUCGAUAACUUGGCAUUUGAGAUCAGACGUGAUCAUUUCUUAGUUUCUGAAUCCCAAAAGUGUGGUCAUGACUUUAUGUACCAGUUUGAAAUAUGACUUUCUAGACGAUCAGUUGUUUAUCAAAGUCCUCGACCUUAACAUAUGAUCAACAAUUUUCUUAUCAUCUUGGGAACAUUAAUUUCGUUAUGUGAACUAUUGUACAUGUGGUUAAAAUUGUUUUUAAGGCUUGACUUAAAGAAUCCCAAGAAUGCGGGGGGAUUCUCUUCUUUCUGUUGUUAAAGGCACGUUAGUUUUCCAGUUACAGGAGAAUAUUAAUAUUGACCGCCUUGGUGGUCUAAAAUACGUACUAAAUGUAUUGUGCGAAUCUGGACACGUGGUUUUUCUCAUAUUCUUUUCAGGAGAAAAUAUUUUCUUCGUUGAUCGUCAUUUUGUUAGUCUUAUUUCCUUGUUACUGUAACAAACCAAAACGUUCGUUCACUGUCGACUACUACAAUCAUGUGUUUAUGAAAGAUGAUGCACCUUUUCAAUAUGUUUCCGGAAGUAUACAUUAUUUUCGCAUUCCGGAACAGUACUGGCACGAUCGACUUUUCAAAAUGAAGGCUGCUGGGUUGGAUGCCAUUCAGAUUUACGUACCAUGGAAUUUCCAUCAGCCCGAAAAGGAUGUAUAUGAUUUUGAUGGUGAUCGGAACUUGGGAAGGUUUUUGGAGCUGGCUUCAUCUUUAGAUCUGUUGGUAAUUGCACGAGUCGGACCAUACAUAUGUGCUGAAUGGGAUUUUGGUGGCUUACCAGCUUGGCUUUUGCGGUUUAAUCCGUUGAUGAAGUUACGCUCCAGUGAUCCAGAAUAUAUGAAGUUUGUGACGAUGUGGUUCAAUGUUUUGUUACCGAGUAUGAAACGUUUUCUCUAUGAAAAUGGUGGGCCGGUAAUUAUGGUGCAGUUGGAAAAUGAAUAUGGCUCCUAUUCAACAUGCGACGAAACAUACUUAAAAGAGCUUUACAAUUUAGCACGCUCACAUCUAGGGGAAAAUAUCAUAAUUUUUACAUCUGAUGGUCCAUCCAACGGCUUAUUAGAAUGUGGUUCAUCUGACAAACGCUAUCUAGCAACAGUUAACUUUGGUCCUACAACUGCUCCUGUACUUGAGGUUUUCAAAGUAUUGGAGGAUUUCCGACAGAAUCAACCCUGGGUAAAUAGUGAAUAUUAUGUUGGUUGGUUAGACGUGUGGGGCGGGGAUCAUCAUAUUACUAAUCCUGAAUGGGCAGUGGAUGGACUAAAUCAUCUAAUCAGCUACUCAAUGAGAGUCAAUGUAAAUAUGUAUAUGUUUCACGGUGGAACUAAUUUUGGAUUUUGGAACGGUGGUGCAAGACCUGAAUCAUCAAUUACAAGUUAUGAUUAUGAUGCUCCAAUCAGUGAAGCUGGUGAUAUAACAAGAAAAUAUAUGAUAAUAAGAGAUCUACUUUUCCGGAGAAAAGGCACCGAACCACCGGAGUUACCAAGAAAUACUACAAAGAUUUCGUAUGGUCGUGUUAAUAUGAAAUUUGAAUCUCAUCUUCUAGAAAAUAAAGCUCCUGUUACUCAUUCUGCGUUUCCUCUGAUUAUGGAAAGUUUGCGACAGUAUGACGGCUUCAUGAUUUAUUCAGUCACUGUAACAGUCCCACGCAAUGGAUCUAUUUUUCUGGAGUUCUUUGGUAUCUCAGACAUAGCGCAUAUUUAUACUGGAGAUAAAUCUGGGCAUUAUACAUUUCAUGGCUCAAUACGAUAUAAAAAUAAAACGUUUCAAUUAAACAACAUGCAUGACGUAAGUAACCUUACUAUAAUUGCUGAAAAUGCUGGACAUAUUAAUUAUGGAUCUAACAUGUAUUCGGAUGUAAAGGGUAUUACUGGACCGGUAAUAUUGAAUGGAAAAGAACUUCGAGAUUGGACAAUGAUUCCAAUUAGAGAUCCGUUUGCUAUAGUGAGCACAAACAAAAUGAAACAUUUUCUGUCAGAAAAGAAGUGGCCAGUACCUGGAUCUAUUUAUCAUGGGGCAUUCAUUGUUGAGGAUUUGGGAGAUACUUUCAUCCAACCUGAUAGUUUUGUGAGGGGAAUAAUAUCAGUUAAUGGUCAUCAUGUAGGACGAUUUGAUCAGCAACAAGGACCACAGUUUCGACUGUAUGUACCGAAAACAUUUUUAAAACUGGGUAGAAAUCAUAUAACAAUCACAGAAUUACGAGGUCCUAUAAAAGAUAAUCCACAUCAUGUCCAUAUCACAUUUCAUGAUCAAAUGCUUUGGAAGUAA